CGCCAAUCUUUCGUCAAAUUGAUCAAAUUGAUCAUAUUGAUCAAAUGUUGUCAAAUAUUGACGCUUGGUUGUCAUUGUGUACUUUGAGACUUGAUCCAGAUCCACCAAGUUUCUCCGUUGUUCUUAACAAAUAUGUAUUACAACUGCCGAAACAUAAAACAGAUCAACGUAUUAGUAUUUUCAUUUUUUCUGAAACAACAGCACAACAUUAA